UUGAGAAGGAAAACUUCAUGGAAAUGGCGGAGGGUGCAACAUCUCUCAAAGGGUUGCGAGCUCAAAUGGCUGCAGCUGCGCAGGCACAGGCAGAGGAGCGGCGCAGUCUAGCAGGGAACAGCCCAGGGCCACCAUCCCCAGCAGCAGCUGACACACCAUCCCCAGCUGCAGCAGCUAAGUCUCCCCGGCCAGUCAUUGAUGGUGCUGCCCUAAGGAUAGACGACCGUCUUCGAGUGGCGAAAGAGAGACGAGAGGAGGCCGAUAGGCAGCAAGCUACGAAGGACACUCAGAUCCUGGAGCGAGAGCGAAAGGCCAAGCUGCAGGUGGAGCGGCAGAUGGAGGAGCGGCAGAAGAAGCUGGACGAGCAGCGCAGGAAGGAGGAGCAGAGACGCUCUGCCGUGGAGGAGAAGAGGAAGCAGAAACAGGAGGAGGAGAAGGAGCACUAUGAGGCGGUGAUGCGGCGGACCCUGGAGCGCAGCCAGAGAGUGGAGCAAAGGCAGAAGAGGUGGUCCUGGGGAGGGCUCUCAGAGUCAGACAACCGACCAGGAGACCCUGACGCAGGCUCCCCCUCUCCGAUAGCUAUAGUAAUCUCCCCCGCGUCUCCAGGAAAGCCCCCCAGGACGCAAGCUGACAAGCGCUCCACCUCCACCUCCACCAUGAAUCUGAAACAGCCGGCCGAUUCUAGCAUCAACAAGCGCCUGUCCUCCUCCUCCGCAACCCUCAUCAACUCUCCCGACAAAAGUGCUCGUGUGAGGAGUUCGUCACUGAACCGGUUGCCUAGAAACAAGACAGUCGACCUAGACACUCAGCCCUCUAAGGAAGGCAGAAAAAAGCUUCAGGUGGAACAGACAGGCCCCUCCCUGAAGAAGAGAAGCUCCUCCCUGACACGAGCUGGGGGGGGCAGAACGCCGACCCCCUCCAAGCUCGAUAAGGGGACGUCAGACGACCAAGCUCGCAAGCCCCUGGCGAGCCAAGUGGACGGAGGGUUCCUCAGUCGCCUGCUCACCCCCACCCAGGCCUCACUAGCUAGGAGCAAGAGCGCUGCAGCCCUGUCGGCCGAAGGAGGCAACGCCCCAGAGUGUCACCUGUGUCCUCGCUCAGCCUCGGCCAGCCCCCUGAACCCAAUGCAGCGAGGACCCCUGCGCAGCCGCAGCAUCGACCGGCAGAAGAGCGCCACCCUGCCCACCUCCGCCUCGGCAGACCAACUGAACCCCUCACUGAAGGAGAAACGGUUCUCGUCGCCCGGAGGGAAACGCCCCGCCUCGCCCUCCAACAUAGCGGGACGCCACCGCUCGCCCUCCCCCGCCCCUCUCCCCGCCAGCAAGAGAACCCCCUCCCCCAGUGCAGCAAAGCAAAGCCCCCGUAACCGUCCCCCGUCACCCGGAGGUAUCAAACAUCGCCCCCCUUCCCCCCAGCUCAGCUCGGCCAAGCCCCCAUCCCCCCAGCCCACCUCUGCCAAGCCACCACCCAUCCAGAGACCGGCCCUCACCCCAACCGGCCCCCCCACCCUGCGGAAGAAAGACUCCAAGCCAAAGGACCUGUGUCCCAUCCAGGCUGUGGCCCCCCAGUCCCCAGAACCCCCCCAGACCAGCACAACACCGACCCCUACAACUACCACCUCCAGUAAGACCAAAGACAAGGACGACAAGUCCAUGGCGGGCACCAACUCGGCUGCCGAAGCCGCCAUGAUCCUUGCAGAGAACCGCCGUCUGGCGCGGGAGAAGAAGGAGAGAGAGGAGGCACUCAGAGUACUGAGAGAGGAGGAGGAGAAGCUGAGGAAGGAGGAAGAGAAACGCUUGGCCGAGGAGGCACGGUUGAAACGCCUGGAGGAGGAGAGGAGGCUGGCGGAGGAGAGGAAGAAAAAGGAGGAGGAGGACGCUCUUAUGGCAGAGGCAGACAGAGAGAGACUGGAGGCAGAGGAGGCCGAGAGACAGGCUGAGCUACAGAAAGAGCGUGAAGAGGCGGAGGCACAGGCUGCAAUUGAUGCAGAGAAGGUCCGCAUUGAGAGGGAGAGGGUAAUGGCCCAGAACCAACAGGAACGCAUGGAGAGGAAGAAGAGAAUUGAGGAGAUCAUGAAGAGAACCAGAAAAGGGGAGCAAGAAAAGAGAGAUGAAGAUGAUGAUGAUGAUGAUGAUGACAUACAGGAUGAAGAGGGAGAGGAGGAAGGGGGCGAAGAAGAAACCAACUGUGACGACACCAAGGACGACGAGUCAGCCCAGACCGGAGACGUCGCCUUGGAGACGGACGGCCUGGAUGAGGAGGAGCGUGGACUGAUCCGCAGCGAGCCAAUGGGAGUGCGGGAGGAGCCGCUGGGCAGCGUGAACGGGAAACCGGAGGCGGACGACAAGGAGAACAGCAACAGAACCAGCGCUGAGGAGCCUCUGGCUGUUAGUCCAGUGCCUAAGGGUUGUUUAGUUGGGGGCUCAGAGUUCCUGAAUGAGGACUCUAACAUGCUGGCCCCGGGGCUGAAUGGUAAGCCUGGCCCCUGGAGCUUUGAGGAGCUCAUUGACCUGGGCGUCAACUCCAAGGGCCGGCCCCUCAUCAAUGCCGACGGCCACAACCAGGGCCUCAUCGACUGUGACGGGUCCCCCGAGGGGCCCAGGGUGGCCUUCGAGGACAAGGGGACCCCCGUGGCCACCCUCCACCCCUCCAGUCAGCCCAUCGAAGCCCUGUCAGAGAUGUGAGGCUGCAGCUUUCCCUUCAGAGGCCUGUGAAUAUUGCGCUCCUAGAGUUCCUGUCCAGCUGAGCUCCAGACCCCCCUACCCCCUCCACACACACACACACACCUACCCACAUACACACACCCGCCCUUAGCCAGAGGAAGAGCACAUGUGGUGAGGGGGAGACGGUGACUGCCAGAACGCUAACUUUGCACCCCCCACCACAAGAAAAUAAAAAACUUUUCAAAUAUCUAAAAAGAGAAACAAAGCUUCAGGGAAAAUCUCUAUUCCUUCAAUGUACUCGCUGCAAGGGCUCUCAUCCUUCCAUACUUACAACAUUUGACUCGGUUCUUUUUUAAAAUGUUGUUUUGUUCAUACUGUUGAUGUUUUUUAAGUGUUGGGCAGGGCGUGCAACGUAAUUUAUUAAUUUUGGCUUCUUCGUAAAAUGUAAUUACUGUUAUCUCAUGUCUAGUUUUUAGGGGGGUUAGUCUUGUUUGAGAAUAUUCCAGGAUGUAUGUACAUAACACUUUGCUAUAUGAUGGCUAUGAGUUCAUUACUUCUCAUGUCAUGAUUGAGUCAGGAAACUCUAGUACCCCCCCCCCCCCAGAUGUGAUAAAACACAUUCUGAUUGGUGGGGAGUGGGCUGGGGCACCUGGGUACUGUAGUCUCUCAGGGUCUGCCUACAGGGGCCCUAAGCAUCUCCAGUGGGUGAGGGAGCAGUUACACAAACGUGUGUUAUGACCUGCCGGUGCCCAAGCCAGGAGCAGCACUAUGUAACUCUAAUCCCAUCCUACCCAAAUUGUAAUCCGACCUAGAAUUCUGGAUUUGUCUGGCUGGCGGCUUUUCCCAGACUUGCUCUCCUUUAAACUCUCUAGGCCCUAUUCUUCCAUGGUUUACCCCUCUCCCCUGUGCCCCAAAGGGCUGGUCAGAGCCCCUCUGCCUCCCUCGCCAUCUCCCACCACUCCCUCACUCCUGCUCUUCUCCUUAGGGCCACUAGGAGGCACUCAUGUCUAUAAAUCAAACAACUGGUUUUAUGAAAUGACUGUUGCCUGCUAACCUAAGGUAGCAGGCAGAAAAUAAAUGCCUGAGCGGGGUCGGAAGAAACCGGAAACAUACAGUUUUCAAGCUUCGCCUCUUCGCUGCUUUUCGCCUGAAACCCGGAUGUUUCCGGUUUCCUCCGACACCGCUGAGGGUGGUUGCCUACUACUUAGAAUUUACAAACUGAAGGAUGUAGGAAUUUGACAAACUGGUGAUUUAGUAAAUAUUUUAACUGUUGCUGUUAACUUUCGGUUCCUGGUCUUUAGGUUUAUGUCCUAAGAUCUUGACAUGUUAUGGUUUUACAUGUAUAUAGACUUAAUGGUUUACUAACUCAUAUCAAAUUCUAAUUUAAUUGCAUCCUGAGCACUGAAAUAUAACUUGACCCCCAGCAAUGACUGCAUGAAUCUAUAUUCUUACCAUAUGAAUGGCUAUAGCCCAUAACGGAGUAACGUGUGUUGGUUAAUUGCAGUCAGACGAGGUCCAUGAGUUUCAUUUUACGUCACUUCAGAAUUGCUAAUGACGUUUCUCUGAGGGGUGUACUGGUCCAGAAACUAACUUGAAUGGUUGGAAGUUCUCUCUUACGACGCCCAACAUUCCUUUAUAGGGCUAAAAUGUAUGUUCUGUCAGGCAUCUCAGAGCUGUUUUGACCCGGCUGUAGAUGUAUGCAGUGUCUCGUACAUUCCCUGUCUGUCUGUGUAGCUUGUUCAAGACUAAUUCCAGUGCUUCUCCACAAAGCUUCUGUUACCUCUCCUGGCAAAAAAAAAAACAAAGAGCAAAAAAACAUUUAUCAAUUAUUUUUAUAAUAAUUUGGCUGUCUGUUUAUAUACAGUAUAUGAAAAUAUAUUUCGACAUAUUUAAGUGUUAUUGUAUUAUGUAUAUAAUCAGUAUUGAGCCAAUGCACCCAUGGGUGGGGUGGUGUACUGGGAAUGGAUGUUAAGUCUCGUUAUCUGUUACUUUAUUUAAAUGUUGGUUCUGUUAGACUCGUGCCCUUUGCCAGGGUAGUCAGUGCUGUUACCCUAUGCUCUGUUCUAAAUCAAGCCCUAUCUCUUACCCACUGGGUACUUUUGUAGAUUGGAUCGGUGUAAGCAAUAUGGCAACGAUUCCACAAGGUUAAGCGAUUAUAUUGCUUAUACCUAUCAAAUACUUACAAAUCACCUCAAGGGAUAGGGAUUAAGAGUUGGUGUGGAAUUGACUCAGGUCAGGUUUGGGUGUUACCCAUAGGGCUACAGGAAACCCUCUUCUCCAGUACUCCAUAAGCCUAGGGCAGGGGAUCCUCAUACUGUAGAGGGAAGAUGUCUGUGUACGUUGAUUGAGGGCAUUUUGUGAGGCUCUAAAAGGUUCUGCUUUUCAUCCCCCAACCACCUCUGAUAAUUGCCUUGGUUCCCAACUAAGGGGUGGAAGACGCAGAAAUGUUCUAGUGCUUUUUCACAUGGUGUGAAAGGUUGCAGGGAUGGUGUCUGAAGGUUGCAAUAGGAACGUUAAUAUGGACUGCCACUAUGCCACACACCUCUCUGUGUAGCAGCAGUGUGACGGAGUGAGUCUACCACUAAAUGAUGGAGACGGCAACAAAUGCGAUUUGGUCAGUCUUGUUCUUGUCUCGUUUAUGGGUUCCUUAAAAGCUGUGUCCAGAAGCUUGAAUUCCCUAUGCUUGAAUCGUCCAAAACAGAGAGGUUUGGGGACCUUGUUUGCCUCAUAAUAAACUUGUUGACUCUGUCACGCUAAUAAACCAGAAGGUUUCUCUGAAACGGCUUUAUAUUAUAAAUACUCUAUGUCUAGACGGAGGCCCAUGAGCUUUGAGAAUGUAACUUUUACUAAACAAACAAGCCCUUAAUAAUUUAACACGCUUCUCUCUCUGAGGAUAAACUUUUUUGUUUUCAUGUGCAAACAGUUGUAUUAUUCAUCACAACAUCAGACGCUUUGCACUGUGGGAGGUUUUCCACUUUUAGAAAGAAAGGGUUGAAAAGCUUUCUGAAAUGAAUUACAUUUUGGAGAUGGGGUUAACUUAUCACCAAGAAGUAGCUUUACUGUGUAGGCCUGUUGGAGAGGUGUGGUAUUCUUGUUUCUCUAUUCUCUCCUGUCUCCUCCCAUCCAGGCCGUCUAUGAACUCCCCUCCUUGACUUGACAAACCUUUUAUCUAUUCAAAAGUGCAGGGGAUUGCUGUAGACUGGUUUAGAAUGAAACACAGGAUUGUUCCUUGGUCAGUGCUACAUGGCAGUGGCGCUGGCACAUUCAGUCACAGAUACUGUAGAUAGGGCCAAUACAUGAGUCGCUGCUCUAAUACUAGAAAUGUUCCAGGUCCUGUUAUGUUUUUUAAUUCCGAUCCUUAUCUGCAUCUGUGGGCCUGAAUACAGAGCUAACUGUUCUUAAUGAUCUCAUGAUUCAGUCGCUAUGACAGUAGAAUAGAAUGCCUUAGAUUGAGAAGACUGUAUUUUUAUUUUAUAGUAAUUAAUAACUAAUCAAAUGUGUCACGUCUCCUUACUUCGGCCAUGACAAUCAUUCUACCCGACCAGGGCUACAGUGUGAAUAUCAAUAGCUUUCUGGAGGCUUUUCAGACCCUAACCCAAGCCAUGUCCACAAAUUAUAUUUGUAAAUAUAUCUAGUGUUCUGGGAAGAUAUGAACCGUUAAAAAAAUAAAGUUUUGCUAAGUAAAA